CUUCAUUGGAUGACGAAGUUUGGCGGCUUAAACACAUUUCGAAUGGUGGUAAAUUUCACGAGACUUUUCAACGACAUGGUAUCAAAACUGUGCAGGACUUCUUGAGAUAUUACAAUAUGGAGAAAGGCAAGCUGCGAGAUAUUCUUGGUAGUAGGAUGUCAGAAGGUUGCUGGAAAGAGAUUUAUGUGAUCCAGGAGACAAGCUCUAUUCUUAUUCCAUGAGAGAGAAUAGCACUGUUGUACCUGUUGUACUUUUCUUCAACUCUAUUUAUCAUCUUGUUGGUGUGAAAUUUGGUGACUGUUAUACCACCCUUGAUAAUCUCGACACAUCCCAACAGGGUUCAGUGGAAUCAUGGAAAAAUCUAGCAUAUAGAAACAUAAAUGGCAUAAAAUUUGAUCAUAGAUUGAUUAACGGCCGUCCUAUGCCUCUCCUUUCGAGUGAUGUUACUUGCAUACCAGGAUCAAGUUCACUGUCACUGCAUAUUUCCAACUUCCAGAUAAGAAAUUCUGAUCAAGUAGAUUCUGCAAGCGGGGCUUCACAUUAUUUAUUUAUAGAAGACACUUCUAUUGAUCUGGAUAAUCAUCAAACAGAACAAUACACUUCAUUUGCAGAAACAAAUAACCUCCCACUAGAGAUGGGUAACUCAUCAUUCGACAAUAUCUCAACGCUUGUGCCGAAUUCAGAGUUUCCCAACCUACUAGCCACACAUUAUGCUUCAGAAGCAUGUUACGAGAGUCAGCCUCAUGCACUAGGCAUUGAAUCACUAAAGCACUCCCAGUCUAUUGUAAAGGAUGCCUGGCUUGGAAGAGAUAAUUCUCUGGAUUUCACCAUUCCAAUGGAAACUGCACCUAUCCAGCCGGCAAAUUGUGAUGAACAAGCUACUCAAGCGGGCUUUCAGAAUCAAGCUGAGUCACCACCAUUCAUGGAUCCUUUGAGAGUUGAAUCCACUUUCUCGCGAUUGUGCAGCUUUGAUAUGAGCUUCUUCGAUGGGCCGAUCUCUUUCUCGCGAAUGAGCAGCUUUGGCAUGAACAACUUCGAUGGGCUGAUCCCUGCCUCAGCGGGUGGUGAAACUAGUCGUAGCAUCGCCACACCGUCGCCGCACCCUAGGUGGGUUAAGCUUCUUGCACCGAUCAAAUGGGUGCACUUCACUAAGAAGAGAAGGGCUCGGAUUUUGAUUCACCAAACCCUCGUCGCAGCAGUGUGAACUAACUUAUGAACCAACUUAUAUCAAGGAUGUAUCUGUCAGAUGUGAUAUAGAAUAAAACAGCAUUCUUUGUUACGUCGUACCAUGUAGAAAUGCAUGUAGAGUUACAGUAUAGUAGUUGUGUGGAUAAUUCUAUAAUGAAAAACUUGAAUUAUUUGUGUGUUUAGGCUUUUCUGUGAUCUUGAAUAUGUUAAAAAUAGGUUGGACAAAAGAGUAUUAUGCAACUUGGAAGUGAGAUGGCUGCAUUUUCCUA